AUGUGCCGGUGGACGGACGAGUUUGGGCUUGAGAACGAGGAGUGCUACCCCACUGCAGAGAGCUGCCCCGUGUCGUGCCGGAGCACGGAACAAGUCUGUGGCAUCACCGACUACUUGACCAACGGCUUUCCGGGAGCGUUCCGAGAGAUCUGCGUGCCCAACACUGGGACCUGCCCAUGUGGCCGGAACGCCCAGCAGUGCAGCGAUCCCUUCGGGGACACCUGGUGCUACCCGCUGGUGGACUACUUUGACAACAGUACCAUGCGCUGCCCGGUGUAUUGCACCGCGGACGAGGACACCUGCUACAGCCCAAGCUACGAUGCCAACGGCAACUGGCUCAGCACAGAGGAGAGCUGCGUUCCCGCGGGCACGGCUUGCACCUGCACCGGGCAGAAUUCCUUCACGUGCACCCGCAACGACUUUGGUGAAACCUGGACGGAGUGCCUGCCGAUCGGAGGCUUUUGCCCGGCCACAUGCGCGGCGAACGAGGUCAGCUGCCCAAGCGUGGACGACUACAAGCCCGAUGGCACCUACCUGGGUGAGGCGCAGCCGUCUGUGCAGUGCGCUGCCAACCUCGAGAGCUGCCCCUGCGGCAAAGAGGCCAAGAGCUGCACGGGCUCCUGGAUCCGGUGCAUCUUUAAGGACGAAGAUUGCCCCGUGGUUUGCUCCGCGAACCAGAAGAAGUGCUAUCUCACUGACUACACAGCCAACGAGGAGUUUAUCAGUGACCGCGAGGUCUGCGUGGAUGUGAAUGCCAACUGUCCGUGCGGCAAGAAUACGCAAAGGUGUCCGGGAUCUGAAGCCUGUUUGCUGCCGUCGAAGGCCGCACUGGUCUGCCCCUGCGGCGAGGCGGAGAGGCAGUGCGACGUGCUGGACUACACGUCCACAGGAAAGCCCUCCAACACCACCACCCAGUGCGUGAACCAGGGUGUGAAGUGCCCCUGUGGCAAGAACACGCUCACGUGUGCGGACCCGAACGAUGCUGACGUGGACUACUGCAUCCCCAAGUUCAGCGGAGUGUACGACACAUUCUUGGCAGUUCUCUAA